GGCGGGACUUGGCAACCGUGCGAGGAUCGGCAGAGAUGGACAGUCAUGGCUGCUCAAACAGUCUACGCGAAGAAGAGAUCGACGUCGUGGCGAUGGCGGUGACUGUCAUCGUCGUGAACACGAUGGGCGACAAGGAGUCCUCGUCGCGCGAUAUGCUGAUGCGGCUCCGACAACGAAGAGCGUUGUUGCAGAGCGUUGCAGGGGCGCCUGAUUGCGCAGCGACGUGUGAGGCAGUCGUCCAGUUGUGUGCCGCGCUGACGUAUGGUGUUUUCCCGCGGCAGACUCCGCGAUGGUGGAUUAAACGACGGACUGGCGGGACCUGCGAGGACCUCCGGCUUCGAGACGAUGCAACGGACGAGUACUUCCGGCAGAAGCUGCGCAUGUCGACGGGCAUGUUCAACCACAUCGUAGCCACGUGCGCCGCGUACAUGGAGAAGAAGGUGACGCACUAUCGAAUGCCAUUGCCAGUGGAGCAGCUGAUUGCUUUCGCGUUAUACAGGUGGGCGUCCGGAGAGACGUACGAGAGCGGCACGUCAGCAUUUGGCAUCGGCAGGGCAACUGGACUGCAGGCCGUCCACGACUUCACUUCGGCGCUGCUGCAGGCGUACCCCGACGCGAUAAAGUGGCCAAUGGGCAGGAGACGUGCGCAGAUUCUGCGCGCUUUCCGUGAGAAGGGUUUCCCAAACUGCUUCGGCGCUAUCGUCUGUACACACAUCUACAUUGACAAGCCCGCCAGCGCACCUUCCGAUAACUACUACGACCGCAAACAGAAGUUCUCCGUGCAGGCGCAGGUGGUUGUGGAUUUGGAUUUGCGGAUCCUCGACGUCCACGUGGGAUACCCUGGAAGUGUGCACGACGUCCGUCUCCUGCACAAUUCCCAAUUGUUUAGGCGUGCAGAAAGUGGCGAGCUGUUCGAUGCAACUCCCGAGAAUCUGCCGCACGGUGUUGUCACGCGAGGCUACCUGCUGGGCGACAACGGUUAUCCAGUUGCCUGUCCGUGGAUUGUGUCGCCGUACGGAGGAAUCGACCAAGGUGCUGACAAGGAGCGCUUCGACACGCGGCAAAAGGUGGCACGGGGGUGUGUGGAGAGGGCAUUCGGCCGACUCAAGUGCAUGUGGCGUCUGUUCUUGCGCACCUGCAUAGCACGACGAACGUGUUCGCACCCCUCCACGUUCGCGUGAACGUGUUCACGUGUUCGCGUGAACAGGUCGCGAACAUGUUCAGGCGAACCUAAUUUUUUUUUGUAAAAAAAAUAAAAUAAAAUAAAAUAAAAUCG